CUCUCUCUCAAGGACGGUUAAGAGCAUCAGCUACGAAAACUGCUUCUCGUCUUCCUUCACCAAACCCCUCACAAUCGGUCGCUCUCUUCUUCAUCUUGAAGCCUAAGCCAAUCUAUACUUUAAUAUGUCUCAUUCUUCUUCUAUUAACCUCCUUCAUUACCAUUAUCUCCCUCCUUGUCUCAAUCACUCUUCCUUCCGGUUUUGCCUCUCUGCUCCAUCUUCAUCUCGGUGGUAUAGUCCCGACGACGACGACUGCUCCAUUAUGGCCAUGCCCACCACAACUCUCCCUGGCUCUAUCUCUCCCUUCAAUGUCCCUCAUAGUGUUAGGACGAAAAAGCCAAAUGGGCAGCAGAAAAAGGAAGAAAUAGAGAAAGAGGUGUAUAUGUUACGUGAGAUGCUUGAUCAAGAAGAGAAGACACGUGAGAUCUUGGAGAGAGUCCAAAAACAUCAACUUCCUUCAUCUUCUUCUUCUGUUUCCCUUCCUGCUUCUCUCCCUCCCAAGAUGAAGGAACUAAUAACGGAACUGUCGAUAGUGGAAGGAGAAAUCUCAAGACUAGAGGUUCAAAUAAGCCAUCUCCAGAUAAAUCUGAAGGAAGAACAAGAUGAAACUUUGAGACAAGCAACAACAAGUUCAUCAAGAAGAGCAUGGCAAUCUAGUGAGAGUGACAAUAAUGACUAUAUAACCUCUCAUCAAACUCCGGUCUUGCCGAAGUACUCUAAUUUCCCACCUCCAAGCCCUAUGGUGGAUCAGUGCAUGAUGAAGAAUGGGAACAACAACACCAAAUCUUCUACUAGUCAUCAUCAAGAGAAUGCAACAUUUGAAACAAAGACCUUGCAUUUCAUCAACAAAGCCAUAAAAGGUGAUUACACGACCGAAAGCUUCCACAAAUCUAAUGAGAAAAUUGGAUUAGUCAAGAAGGAAAAUCAUCGGUCAGUUCAACAAGAAAAUAAGUUGCAAGAUAAUGUUAAUAUGAAGAAGAUGUUUAGGAGGAUGAAAUCUCCUUCUCCCCUACGUGAACCUAGAUACUCUUCUCCCAAGACUAAUAAGGAUCGUGUAGCACUUGAUACAUCACUAGACCUCCCACCAAAAUCUCUCUCAAGCACAAUUUUGAUGGAAGAUGGACAAAACAUACAGAAUUGGCACCCAAACAAGCUCGCCGAGAACAUCAUGAAGUGUCUCAAUUUCAUCUACGUUCGUCUCCUUAGAACCACAAGAGUCAUGGAGCUAGAGAAAGGUCCCGUCUCGAGAUCCACUCCUUUCUCCUUGAUCUCAAGAAGCUUUAGGGUGGAGAAGGCAACAUCCGGUUUGUCUAAAUCCAUGAAUCUCGUGUCUUACAAAGAAUCAAGACAACAAGAUCCCUAUGGAGUAUUUGAUGUAGAAGCAUCUUUGGCUAGAGACAUUGGUCCAUACAAGAAUCUUGUCGUCUUCACUUCAAAUUGUAUGGAUUCCAAGUGUAUUUCGAGCUCUAGCUCGGUUUCUUUGAUCCAGAAACUCAGGGUUUUGAUGAACAAUCUUGCGACAGUGGAUUUGCGAGUGUUGAGCCAUCAACAAAAGCUAGCGUUUUGGAUCAACAUGUUCAAUGCAUGUGUCAUGCAUGGAUAUCUACAAUAUGGAGUUCCAAAAACAACUGAGAAACUACAAUCUCUUGUUUAUAACAAGGCUACAAUAAAUGUUGGAGGCAAAAACAUAAGUGCUCAUACUAUAGAGCACUGUAUUCUACGAAAGUCUGCAAAUUCUACCAUGACUCAGGAUCGACACGAAGAAAUGAUCAUUCGUAAACUGUACGGCCUAGAAGCCACGGAUCCUAACAUCACAUUUGCUCUCUCAUGCGGGACUCGAUCAUCUCCUGCUGUGAGGAUAUACACCGGAGAAGGAGUGGCAACAGAGCUAGAGAAAGCGAAAAUGGAGUAUCUGCAAGCAUCCGUGGUGGUUACGUUGGCUAAACGAGUAAUCUUGCCUGAGCUUCUUGUAAAACACGCCGUCGAUUUCGUGGCAAGGGAGGAUGGCAACGGCGCAGAGAUGGGAUCUCUGGUGAAAUGGGUUUGCAGUCAGUUACCAACCUCUGGUUCAUUGAGAAAAUCAAUGGUGGAUUGUUUAAAGAAUCAAAACUCAAAAGCUUCUUCUUCUUCUUCUUCCUCUCUGGUGGCUGAAAAGAUCCCUUAUGAUUUCGAGUUUCAGUAUCUUUUAGCUAUUUGAAAAUAUCAAUUUGUACUUUUUACUAUUGGAAAUCUUUUGUGUUCAAUAAAAAAUAUCCAAGCUUGUUUUAUUUUAGUUUUAUGGAUGGUUGUUA